AUGGCGGCUCAAUUCACCGACGAAAAUAUCCAGGAACUCAAGUUCCGCCUGGAGGAUGCCGCAAUCAAAUGCUCCGAGCGUUGUUUGUAUCAAUCCGCGAAAUGGGCGGCGGAAAUGCUAGACUCCAUCCUUCCGAUUAGUCAGUACGACACCGAUCCCGAAUCGCCGAUGGAUAUCGCCGAUGCGCCUGCAAUUCCUCCGAAUCCUUACCUCCGCACCCAGGACCCUGCCGAAGCUGCGCUGGAGGCUCAGGAAUCCUACAAGUACCUCUUGGCAAAGUCAUACUUCGACACGCGCGAAUACGACCGAUGCGCCGCCGUUUUCCUUCCCCCGACGAUCCCUCCCGUGCCGCUGUCCACAACGUCCCCGAACAACCCUAAAUCGAGAGAGUCGUUAACGCCGCAGAAGGGGAAAUCGAAAGCGUCGCCGUACGCGGGGGUUAAGGAGAACAGCGCGACGCGUAACCCGUACCCCAAGCUCAGUCAGAAGGCCCUGUUCCUGUCAUUAUACGCGAAAUACCUGGCCGGAGAGAAGCGCAAGGAUGAGGAAACUGAAAUGGUGCUCGGCCCCGCGGACGGCGGCACGACGGCCAAUCGCGAACUACCGGAUAUCGCGCGAGGGUUGGAGGGAUGGUUGACUGAACGUCGUGAGAAAGGACAGGGCGAGAGCAGCCAAGGGUGGCUGGAGUACCUCUACGGCGUCAUUCUUCUCAAAGGACGGAACGAGGAGGAAGCGAAGAAAUGGCUUAUGAGAAGUGUUCAUCUGAAUCCAUUCCACUGGGGAGCUUGGCAGGAGUUGAAUGACCUGCUUGCCAGUCCGGAAGAUGUACGGCCUUUGAAAAAUGAUAUUAGUGAUUGGAUGGCUAACUUUGGACAGUUGAAACAUGUCAUUGAUAUCUCCCCGCAGAAUAUCAUGACGCUCAUCUUCCAUGUGCAUUGCAGCCAGGAGCUAUACCAGGCCACAGAGGAAACAUAUCACGCCCUGUCGGAGCUCGAGACUAUAUUCCCUACCAGCGCGUUCUUAAAGACCCAGCGAGCCCUACUGUACUACCAUUCAAAAGACUUCGAAGAAGCAUCGCACAUUUUCACAGAAAUACUCAUCACCUCCCCCCACCGCCUCGACAGUCUCGAUCACUAUUCCAACAUUCUAUACGUCAUGGGCGCGCGCCCCCAGCUUGCCUUCGUCGCGCAAGUCGCAACCGCUACAGACAAAUUCCGACCCGAAACAUGCUGUGUAGUCGGAAACUACUAUUCUCUUAAGUCUGAGCACGAAAAAGCAGUCAUGUACUUCCGUCGCGCCCUCACUUUAGACCGCAACUUCCUGUCCGCCUGGACCCUCAUGGGCCACGAAUACAUCGAAAUGAAAAACACACACGCCGCUAUCGAAUCCUACCGCCGAGCCGUCGACGUCAACCGCAAAGACUACCGUGCCUGGUACGGUCUCGGUCAAGCCUACGAAGUCCUCGACAUGUCCUUCUAUGCCUUAUUCUACUACCAACGCGCCGCCGCGCUCCGACCCUACGACCCGAAGAUGUGGCAAGCUGUCGGAUCAUGCUACGCCAAAAUGGGCCGCAUCGAGCAGAGCAUCAAAGCUUUGAAACGCGCCCUCGUCGCAGGCUCAUAUUACGCUGAAGAUACCGCCUCCAACGCCAGCGGCAUGCCCGUAGCAUCCAACCGGAAGAUCCUCGACCCCGAAACUCUCCACCAAAUCGCCACGCUCUACGAACGACUCGGCGACGAGGAUGAAGCGGCCGCGUUCAUGGAACUCACGCUGCAGCAAGAAACCGGCCAGAUGCCCGUCGAAGAAGAGUCCGAGUCCUCGGAAAAUGAGAAUGACGACGAAAACGACGAGCAAUCCGCCGCUGGCGAGCGCUCGGGCCGUCGUCGCGCAGGGCACGGCAAUUCCAUGGCUAGUCAAAAUAAUGAAGACGACGACACAUGGCACGGGACUGGCGUUACGGCGACUACAUCUAAAGCUAGACUAUGGCUUGCGCGGUGGUCGUUACGGACUGGGGACCUUGAGCGCGCUGAUCAACUAGCGAGCGAGUUGUGUCAGGACGGAGUUGAGGUCGAGGAGGCAAAGGCAUUAAUGAGGGAUGUCAGGGCUAGACAGGAGGGGGAUCAGUCUUGA